AUGGCGGAGGGCGACACGCUGGAUGGGUUCGCCGGCAAGCUCGGCGGCAUGGCGGCGCACUACGCGGGACUCGGGUCGACGCUGGACGACGCCAUGAUGGUGAAGAAGCUCCUCGAUUCUGUGCCGGAUCGCUUGUACGCGGCGGUGGCCGGAAUCGAGCAGUUUUGCGACGUCUCCAUCAUGCCGUUCGAGGACACGCUCGGUCGCCUGAAGGCCUUCGACGAGCGGCUGCGACGACGUGGACAGGCGGGCGGCAAGCGGGCGGACAGCCAGCUCAUGUACACGGCGGCGCAGUGGCGAGCACGGGAGCGGCAGCGCGGUGGUCCUCGGGACGACGACGACAGGCGGAGCAUGGCGUCGGGCUACGGUGGCAACAGGCGCGGCCGCUGCUACAAGUGCGGCGAGCGCGGCCACUUCAAGCGAGAAUGCCCCCAGCUUUGGAAGGCGCCAGCGGAGGAGCAUGCGAUGAUGGCGGACGCCGGCGUCGAGGACGGUGGCCUGCUCUGA